GCGCAAUUGACCGAAAAUGACCACUGCCGCGGAAUUGAGCAAGAUUGCCAAGAUCCAAGACCAGAAGGAAAAGCUGAAUUCUUACAAGGCACUUGUGGAUGGCACGUUUCUGGACUUUGCGUCGUUGAAGGCUAUCUUUGAUCAUGCGCUGGACGAGAGCGUUCAACUGGCCAUCUCUCGCGGCCUCUUGACGCACUUGGCGUCAUCCGUGCUGGUCCGCAUUGAUCCAGAAGCCCAUGCGUGGAAGAAAGAUUUUCUUGUGUAUUGCUUGGCCAAGAUCAAGUCUCGUAUUCUGUCGUUUGAAGAGGCGGAUGUAGCAUUGCGCGAAAUUCUGUGCGAUUUGCUCAUGGACGAAGAGGAGUACAUUGAGGCUGCAAAGACGCUGGCCGCAAUCAACCUCGAAAGCUCCUCAAGGCAAUACACGGACGACGAGAAGGCUGAAAAGUACGUCAAAAUCGCGGAAUUGUACCUCCAAGAAGACGAAACCGUGGACGCCGAAAACUACAUCAACCGCGCAUCCCGUGUGAUUCACGCCGUUGGGUCGAACAACUGGCCGCUGAAGCUGCGGUACCAAGUGUCGUACGCUCGCAUUUUGGAUGCCAAGCGCAAGUUCCUCGAUGCCGCGCUGCGAUACUACGAAUUUUCGCAGUCCAAGCCGGAUGAAGUGGACCCCGAUGACUUAAUGCAACUCCUUGGCAAAGCUGUGACGUGCGCAAUCUUGGCAGCGGCGGGACCUCAACGCUCGCGCCUCCUCGCCACUCUAUACAAGGAUGAACGCGUCAAAGCGAGCGAGCACGCUGCAAUCUUGGAGAAAAUGCACAUGGAGCAGCUCCUUCGACGCAGCGACAUUGUGUCGUUCGAACUGAGCUUGCUCCCGCACCAAAAGGCCCAACUUGCCAACGGGUUCACUGUGUUGGAGCAAGCGUUUCUUGAGCAUAACAUGCUUGCCGUGUCCAAGAUAUACAAGUCGAUGCGGUUCCAAGAACUCGGAACGUUGCUCGGCGUCGAUGCGUUGCGUGCCGAAAAGGUUGCUGCGAUAAUGAUUGGCGAAGAGCGCAUGAAAGGGUCGAUCGAUCAACUGCAUGGCAUGUUGGAGUUCCAAACGAAUGCCGAUGCGCUCCAUGGAUGGGACGAUCGCAUCCAAGCAAUUUGCUUGAACGUGAACGCCGCCGCCGAGAACAUUCAGUCCAAGUACCCGCACCUGUGUGCGUAGACAGCAUGCGUUGGUUCAUUGUGCAAUGGAAAUACAGGCUGCCAUCGAUAUCGCUGUCUAAUUUGUGACAUUCAACUC